AAUCACAAGCGGCAAAAUCACUUUUCGAAAUUUUGCUUUUCCCUCUCCUAAAAUCUCGUCUUUAGUCUCUCAAUCUCAUAAAAUAAAUAGCUUCCUUGCUCUCUUCUUGUCCCAGUGACUGAGUUCCUCUGAUCAUCCCUCAAUACCCCACUUAGUAAAGUUCCCAUCUCUUCGCGGAUUGCUAUGGCUUUGGACGCAUCGAAGAAGCCCAAAAAGAAACCAAGCGGCGGCGCGAAACCAUCGAAACGCAAAACGAACCCAGGCGUUCGAGUGGUCGGAGGGAGGAUCUACGAUUCUAGCAACGGCAAAUGUUGUCACCAGUGUCGGCAGAAGACGAUGGACUUCGUUGCGUCGUGCAAGGCAGUGAAAAAUAACAAACAAUGCAAACUAAACUUUUGCCACACCUGCUUAUUGAACAGGUAUGGUGAGAGGGCAGAAGAGGUAGCUACCUUAAAUGAUUGGAAUUGUCCUAAAUGCAGAGGCCUCUGCAAUUGCAGUUUCUGCAGGAAGGAACAAGGACUGAACCCUACAGGAAUAUUGUCACACAAAGCUAAAGCAAGUGGGUUAUCAUCAGUCUCUGAGCUUCUACAAGUUGAGGGUGAUGAUAGCUUUGCUUAUUCCAAAAAGGAGGAUGUUUCCAUUGCAGAUGUUGCCAAUGAGGGCAACAAAGGGGCGGGCAAGAAGAAGAAAGCCAAAACCGGCUUAACAAAGGCAAACCUGGGUGAUGUCUCCAUUGAAGAUGUUGCCAAGGAGAACAGCAAAGCGGCUGGCAAGACCAAGAAAGCCAAAGCCAGCAACGAAGUGAAAGAGGAGGAGAUUCAGAUUGAGGCUAAACUUCCUAUUGGUAUAAGCUUGACUACUGUUGCAGGCAUUGAUAUACCGAGUGAAGAAACAGGAAAUGUAUUGCAGUUUCUUGAGUUUUGUUCAGCCUUUGGAGAGGCUCUUGAUUUGAAAGAAGGGCAAGCUGAGUCUAUUGUUUCUGAGAUGUUCUCGUGUGGGCGUAGCACAAGGAGGCAACAAUACUGCGCUGUUAUCCCAAUGAUGAUCCAGUUGUUGGAACUAAUAUCACAUGAUAGAGAUAUGUCUCUGUCUCUAAGUGCAACUGACAGCACUUGGUUCAGUGCUCUUGGAGAGUGCCUAUUGCAGUCAGGAGUUCUGAGUGAUGUGUUCCCACCUGAGACUUUCACUUCAGGUGUCUCUGAGUAUAAGACGAUGGAUGCAUCAACAAGGCUCAAGCUUCUAAACUUCUUAUGUGAUGAAUCACUUAGCACACUCGCAAUGAGAAAUUUCAUUGAGACCAAAAGUGUGGAGUCUGAAGCACAGAGAAGAGAAGCAAAAGAAAAGGCUGCAGCUGCAAAGGAAAAGGAGAAACAGCUGAGGCAGCAGAUGCAAGGUGAUCUUGUCAAAGCCCAUAUGGAAAGAAACGGAGCACCAUUGUCCAUUGAAGAGCAUCAUGCAAUUUUGUCUCAAAUAAAAGCUGAAGUUAAAGAAGCUCAUGACAAGAUGCUGGAGGCAAAGGGCAUGAUAUCUAGAAAGAGGCAAAGAUGUGAUGCUGCUGGAACCGACCCGAUCCUGUUGAAUGAUGAUGGUCGUGUUCUCUGGAAACUAAAGUGCUUUAAAGAAGAACCAAGGUUUUUGCUUCAAGAUACAUGUGGUGAUUUAUCUCCACAUGACAAAUGGUUAACUUUUAAGCCUGAGCAGAAACAAGAGGUUGAGAAGUAUAUCUCUGCCAAAGGUUGAAACUGAAUCGAUCAUAAAAAUAUGCAAAUGUGGACAUUAAUUAAAGAGUGAAGAAGGCCAUCAUGUAAUUUUCAGAAGUCAUUUAACUCAUUUCUUCCCUUUUUUUUAUCUUGGCUUCUUUCCAUUAGCUCGGCUAAUUCUAUUGUUUUGAUGAUGCGCUUGUUUUAUGCCUCAAACUCUUAUUAUAAUGAGGAAUCCUCAACUCAAUAUUGGCUGUUUCAUAAUAUUAUCAACAUCAGUUAUAAUCUUAGUUAAUUUUA